UUGAAAUAAUUAUCUCUACGCAAAACAGUACUACAGCUAAUUAUAUAGACAGAUAGAGAUUUGUAUGGAGAAAACUACUAAGGCAUCUCUCUUUCUCGUUCUGAUCUUCCUUAUGGCAUUUCUGAAUGGUAGUACUGAAGGAGGAAGAAAUAUUUAUGAUCAUCAUGCAGAUCAUCAUGUGAAGCCAAAGAAAGAUGCUGAUGAUCAGGUCUACAAACCCCAGUUCUUUUGGGGUUGGGGCUUAGGCCUUCUUCAUUGGCCAUUUUGGGGAUUGAUCCCAGGUUUUGCAGGUGGUGGCCUUCCUGGUGUUGGUGGUGGACCCUCCAAAGGAUUUCCUGGUUUUGGCCUUCCUGGUUUUGGAAUUCCUGGUUUGGGGAUUCCUGGUUUCGGAGGCCCUGGUAAAGGUGGUGAUGGGCCCUUUCCUGAAGCUGCUAUUAAUGGAGUUGGAGGCCGCAAAUCUCCAUGAUGACCAAAGGAAGCUAGCCAGCAUUUCAAACAUGCAUGCAUGCAUGUUUCUAUGGGGUUUUAUAUAAAACUAAAUAAAUAUAAUGAACUAGCCUCGAAUGGGCAUAUUUAGCGUUUUGUUUGCGGUUGUUCAGUCAUCUUUUUAUGUAGCUCGUGCUAAGUAGUAGGGUAAUGUGGAUGAGUACUGAAAGAAAUGUGCUUUAGCCUA